AUGCCGGGACUUACUGAUGAAAUACUAACUGAAAUUCGUGAUGUUUUUAGUUUAUAUGAUGAUCGAGGAGAUAAUCAUAUACCAAAACAUUAUUUAGGCGAAGCACUUCGAGCAUUAGGACUUAAUCCAACUGAAGCUGAAAUUCGUCUUCUUUUAGCUGAUCUUAAUCGUGUUGAACGUUUAUCUAUGCAACAAUUUCAAGUUAUUUUUGAACGACUUAAUCGACAAAAAGAUUAUGUUGUACCUGCAGAAGAAUUUAUUGAUGGUUUACGUGUUUUUGAUAAAGACGGAAAUGGUUUAAUACCAGCAACAGAAUUACGUCAUUUACUUACUACAUUAGGUGAACGAUUAACAGAUGAUGAAGUUGAACAACUUAUUUCGGAAUUUGAAGAUAAAAAAGGAAUGAUAAUGUAUGAAGAGUUUAUUAAAGCAGUACUUCAACGUUAA